ACCCUAUGCAACGUAGUAGAUAAAAUUUGUCCAAAGCAAAACAAUAUUUUGCCAUCAAAUUCACCCCGUUGUGCUCAUUCAGAGAUUAUGUCAGACGCUCCACCAGAUAAAGAGCUGAAGGCUGGUCAUGCCCCAGCCGUAAAAGCUGGAGGUAAACGCAUCACUCAACAUAAACAUGAAAAACCUGCUGAAAUGACCAAGGAGGAAGUUGAGGAGUUUGGACCCCCUGACCAGCCUAAGCCAGACUUGCAUAAACAAGAGCUAGUGAUAGGUGGUGCUCAGGUCAAGGGUGACAGAGAAUUCCAGGCAGAAGCGGUCAAAGCCUACCACACCGCCCCACAGCCUACGCGAGAAAAGCCCCACAAUACCCCUGCCGCUCAAAUACACCAACCUGCAAAACAUUAGACUUCAUGGGUGACAAGGAAUUCCCGGCAGCCGCCAUCAAAGCGUAUCACGAAAAACCACAACCCUCCCACAAAAAGACACCCGCGCCUCAGCACCACGUAAUCCAUCAACCCAUGCAGAGGAAAUGAGUGCCACCUAUCUGCCUGAACUGCUACUAAGAUGUGAACUACACAAUGUGUAUUGUCCAUCUCUUCCAUUUGAAGCUAUGCCAUUUUCUAUAAAGUUUCACGUUAAGUUGACCAGAACCACAUUGUAAUGUGUAGUUCAGCUUUAAAUUUGUUUUGCUCUACCAAUGGCAGAUGAUGUAAUUAGUUGUUGGCCUCUUCACCCCAAUUUGCCUGUGUAGACUCUUCCAGUUAAUCCAAUGGAAGAGUCUAUUCAAGAAAAUGGGUAAAAGUUGAAGCACAUUGCUUUGAUCAAGGGAAAAACCAUCAUCAGAACAGAUUGGACUUAACUUCUAUGAUAACACACAUGUGAUUCUGACCAACUUUGAAUUGAAUGGCAGGAGUACCAAAUACAGGGUGUCCCAAAAAAUAUCCCUGUUACUGUGAAAGUAGUUAAUUCGGUGUGUCAUUACAGAGAAGUGUUGUCUGAAUACGAGUGCCGCACUCGGACGACUGAGAUUUUCUGUUGCUUUUGAUCGAGUCGUCGCUCUCUGUACGACCAGGAUUUUUUGUUGUUGUUCACAAUUAAGCCACCAGCAUCAAGUGCUUCUUAGAUCAGGCAUAUUGGGGAAAAAUUUAGUGUUUACAUCUAAACUAAUCUACCCACACUGUACCCGGGGCAUUUUGGGACACCUUGUGUUCAAAAAGUUAAGAUUGAAUUUGCAGAUUUGUUUAUAAACCAGGCUCUGCUUGUGGAUGUGUUUAUGGUAGUGUAAAUUAACAACUUCAGUCUUUCAAUAUUCAAUGGCCAUAUGUAACUUUUUGAUUCCUUAAAAUUUAAUUUCCCACCUCUACAGCAAGUGUCUGAAUAAGAUAAUCAGUAUAAUUACAGAAUAUUUUGUUUAAUUUUCUGUCCUGGAGAUUCUUAGCUGGAUGUGCUCAAUACGAGUGCCAUAUCAAAUUGUUUAAUCUGAAUGUUUAAUUUUGGGGGUAAUUGUGUGCUGACCCUGGUCAAAAUGAUUAUUUGGUGUAUGAUGCUUCUUACGUACUCUUCAAAGACAUAAAUGUUUCAGGCGAUUAUGCUCAAUUUGAACUAGUUGCUGCUACAGUCAGUAUGUCAGGGUGAGUUUGACUCUCGGCAGUUAGGGUAGCAUUAGAGCUUGACUUCUAUCAAAAAGUGUAAUCAGUCAUCAGCAUUUCGCCCGGUACCUUUACUUGAUAUUCACAGCACCCUUCAUCCAUAAUAAUCUGUUACUAAGUCAAAUAUAUAACCAGUUAAUUUGACUUCCAUCACAAUGUCAUGUUGGUUACCAAGGCAACUGUUCAUAUUCUGUACCGGUAAUCAUGACUCAACGUGUACCAGUCUUUUGAUCAUGUUUCUAUAUAAAUGAUGAUCACUAUUUAUAUCUUUGUCAUUUUGCUUGUUGUCCUGGUUGUUCUUCUAAAGAAUGACUCUUAAGUUGAUGAAUAAAAUGUCAUUCUCUUUGUGUUUCUAUUCUACUGUUUGUUAUUCAACAGAGGCCUAAGUUUUAGCUGAAGUCUCAAGAUAUCGUGACAAUUAUGGUUGCAGUAAUUGGCCAUCCGUGGCCAGUAUUUCUUUCAAGAAAAUGGUGUAAGGAAGAUUUGUCAAGAUUACUGUAAUUCUGUAGAUUUCAAACAACCUGCAUAACUACAAUUCAUGACAUAAGUUUUGAUGUUGUUGACUGUCGUUUAGUUCUAAUUACAUAUAAUGUACAGUGUUCGAGAUAUCAUUAUAUUGUGUUUAACACUGUGUGAGAUGACAUCAUCUUAUGUUAUCUGUCCUAGAAGCUUGUAGUAGCAUACAUGUAGGUGCAACUUAUCAACCGACUCAAAAUAUCUUUCUCUGCUUUCGCUCCGGUGAGCAUAUGUUGUUUGCCGCUGCAGUUGGGUGCCUAUUGAGCCCAACUGAAUAUUGGAGCACUUGUGUUCAUGCCUUCGCACAAGAUCUUUCCCAGGAGUUGCUUUUGAUGAGUACAAAGAGCUUCCACUGUCAUCAGUAUUUAACCGCUUACUCCCAUAUUCCUGAAUCUUCUGAUGCAUUAAGUAGUCUUAGAAGAGUCUAUAGUCUACAUAGGGGGUGACAAGGUUAACCACACCUCAAACAUAACUUUCCCAAUUCAUGUCACAAUUAUGUAAUGUGUUGAUUUAUUAUUGUUACUUUACUGUCGGUGUGCUUGAUAAAGUUCUUAUAGCAGAGGGGCGUAAUAUGAAACAAAAUUUGAGGUUGAAAAAUUCAAAUAUUUAGACGAAGUUCUUUCAUUGAGGAUAUAUGUACGUUGUUACUUGACAACUGUUUCUCUGCAGAGUUGUCACAGCGGUGUAUUAUGACUCAUCAACCUGCUGUAGUCACCAGCUGAGAACACAGAGUAGUUUGUGAUUAUGAGCAGUAGUCUUGUUGUCCUAACUUUCACCCGAUUUUCAAAUGUGGUUCUCCAUUUCAAAGCCGAGGGUCCCUCAGUUCUGACGUGUCAUCAAGCCUUAUAACAAUUAGAUCACCCACAGACCUAAGAGAGGUGCCAAACCUUGACAGAAGUGGAUAAUCACAGUUUUGGAAGUCAGGCCGGCCAGUAGUGUAUGUGUUUGGUGUUGGGGCUUAGCUUUCAAACACUUUCCAUCCUCUUCAACGGCCUAUUUCCACUACAGUGGUGAAAGCAGGAAACCAUGCAGCUUUCACUGGGUUGAGUCAUUAAUGAAGUUGCUUGGCUCGGCUGUUGUAACCAAUCAAAAGCCCUGUGAAGGUUGCCCAGCGGCUGCUGUUGUGUCAUCAGGCCUUAGGCUGACGUUACAUAGGCCUCAUUCGUUCACUUCCCACAUGUCACGUUCCAGCGUUACUUAACGUUCCUCGGUGAAUGCACGGCCUUGUGGCAUGCAUUCAGUGAGGAACGAACGCAUUAAGGGGAACGUGACAUGUGGGAAGUGAACGAAUGAGGCCUAUGUAACGUCAGCCUAAAAGGUUAACAACCUUGAUACAUUCAAUGUGUGGUAGCUCUGUUCUGCGCUUUAAAAUCUACUACUAUGCAAUAAAUCUGUUUUCUAUACCUCGCUUUGCAGUUGAUGACUUCCUAAAAUUCAAAAUCUCACGUGGUGCAACAGGGGGAGGGGAAUGGUCUGAGAUGAUAUAUCGGAACCAAAAAUAGAUUUGAAUAUACUAUUUUCACUUAUUUUGGGGGUUGUUCAUUGUUAUCCAUCCAGCGAUAACUAUUCACACGAGUUUGAAUUUUGGGAAUUGCCACUUGUGACAUUUCCUUUCUGUUUGUAUGUUCAACCUUGACCCCAGGGAUUUCCUGGUGACUAGGUUGUUCGAUCAACAUGGUUGCUGUUGGUGGAAAUGUGAAAAUACUUAAUAUAUUUUUGCUUGGUUGAGUUCUCAUGAUUUAUUAUUUCUUUAAAAUUAUUGAAUGAUCAGAAUAAAGGUUGUUGAUAAUA